ACCUGUGCAGGCGCAAGGAGGCGCGCCCGCACCUCCGGUCGCUGGAAAUCGCCAUUACAGGUGCUGGAGUUGCACCUCUGCUUCAGACCAGCCAUGCACAUGAGGUGUUCGACGAAAUGCACAAGUGACUGGGCCAUUGUCAAUGGCCAAGAAGAACAACAGCAAUGGCGUCGAGAACAAGAACAAGAACAACGACGGGGGUGAGAAGAAGAAGGACGGCCCCAGCUCCUCUAAGAUUGUCAAAUGGGUCAAAUCUUCUCAAGGCGCUGAGUCGGUGAAAUCUGCGGGCCAAGCGAACAAACUGACGGUGGUUGGAAAAGGGGACCCCACAAAGCUGAGAGACGAGCUGGCCACCAAGACCAAGAAUAAGGUCGACCUCGUCUCUCCCCAGCCCCAAAAGGACAACAAAGUCAACAAAGACGACGCAACAAUUGUAGGUUAAUUGUAUGUUAUUUUUUUAAUUAAUUAUGAAUAACAUUAGUAUUGAUUAAAUG